CAUGAUGACAUGGAGACUCCAACCGUCAUGGGCCUGCCAUGGCUCUCAGCUCUAUCGUGUUUGAUCGGUUUUUGAACCACGGAAAUGUUCCUUAUGCGGGGUAAUCAACACGAAGUAUAAGACCCUUCCCUCUCCCCUCAUCAAGCAUUCCAUCACCCUCCGCUCUCUCGUCCUCAACCUCGUUUCAAUAACUAGUUACAUGCCUAUGCACCAUGCCAAUUUCACCGCCAUCGCCAUCAUCAUCAUCAUCAUCAUCAUCAUCAUCAUCAUCAUCUCUUGAUUUCAUCAUCUGCUCAACAUGCGGCACGCAAUUCCCCACCACCUCGCCCCCACCCAACUGCAAGAUCUGCGAUGAUCCCCGCCAAUUCAUCCCUCCAACAGGACAAUCCUGGACAACCCUCCGCGCCCUCCGCCACCCAAACCCUAGCACAAACCAGACCCAAACCCAGACCCAUGACCAUGAACACCACCAACCCUACCACAACGAAUUCCACCCCCUCCACCCCAGCACCACCACCACCAAUCUCGAAACAGCAACCCUCCUCGCAAUCCACACCGUCCCCAAGCUCGCCAUCGGCCAACGCGCCUUCCUCUGCCGUACCCGCAGCGGCAACAUCCUCUGGGACUGCAUCCCGUUCCUGGAUGACGAUACCGUCCACAGAAUUGAGCGGCUGGGCGGGCUGCGGGCCAUCGUCAUCUCGCAUCCGCACUACUACGCCACGCAUCUGGAGUGGGCGCGCGCGUUCCGGUGUCCGGUCUUUCUGGCCGCGGAGGAUGAGGAGUGGGUUGUUCGGCGGGGUGAGGAGCAGGUGUUUUGGGAGGGGGGAAGGUUGGAUUUAUGGAAAGUUUUGGGGGGAAACGUAAAGGAGGAGGGGGGGAAUAGGGGGGAGGGUCCAGGUGAAGGUGCAGGUGAAGAUGAAGAGGGGCAGGAUGCCCUGGAGGUGAUCAAGACAGGCGGCCAUUUCCCGGGGAGUACGGUGCUGUGGUGGCGGGCGUUGCGGACGCUGCUCAUCGCGGAUACGAUCGGGACGGUGCCGAGUGGGAUCUAUCAUGUCGACCGACUGCCGGGGACGGCGUCGUUUACGUUCCUGUGGUCGUAUCCGAAUAUGAUACCCUUGCCGCCGGAUGAGGUGUUGAAUAUCUGGAAGGCGAUCAAGCACACCGACUUCGAUUCGACGUAUGGCGCUUUCGUGGGGAUGCAUACUCACGGGGAUAGCAAGAAACGCGUUCUGGAGAGUGCUAAGAUCUUCGUCCGGGCUAUGGGGUAUCUGGAUCAUGCCAUUCAUAAGGAAGUCUGUUUGUGACAAAGCAUCUAAGGUAUACACUGAGCACGCUUCUCUUCGUUAUUGUACAGUACAAUCAUACCAGGUCCCUGUCAUGGCGGAUGCAUGAAUGCUCUCUCACACAGCACGGGAAGCCUGUAUACUCUAAGGUACAGUUCAGUUAAUGAUACUUACAUCUUUGGCCUGACAACACUCCACACACACACACACACACACACACACACACACACACACACACACACACAC